AGUUCCUUUAGGACCCGUACGAUAGCUAGCUUAUCUGCUCUGCCGGAUACGCAUCAGAUGCUGCAAAAAACGUGCCGCGAUUUUGCUGACAAUGAGUUGGUCCCGAAUGCGGCCCGGUUCGAUCGGGAACACUUGUACCCGGCGGAACAAAUACGCAAAAUGGGUGAGCUAGGACUGAUGGCAGUAUCGGUGAAGGAAGAUUACGGUGGCACCGGACUUGAUUAUCUUGCGUACGCCAUCGCAAUGGAAGAAAUAUCACGCGGAUGCGCUUCGGCCGGUGUUAUCAUGUCGGUCAACAAUUCACUAUACCUGGGACCGCUGACCCACUUUGGUAACGAGCAGCAAAAACAGAAAUACGUCACUGAGUAUACCGAUGGAUCGCGGGUCGGGUGUUUUGCGUUGUCCGAGCCGGGCAAUGGAUCUGAUGCAGGUGCUGCAUCAACCACUGCAACGCUGAAGGGUGACCACUGGGUACUGAAUGGUACCAAGUGCUGGAUUACGAACGGAUACGAGGCUGGCGCGGCCGUUGUGUUUGCCACCACCGAUAAAACACUCAAACACAAGGGCAUUUCGGCGUUCAUCGUGCCGAAAGAUACACCCGGUUUUUCGUUGGGCAAGAAAGAGGACAAACUGGGCAUUCGUGGUUCAUCGACCUGCUCGCUAAUCUUUGAAGACUGUGCCAUCCCGAAGGAAAAUUUGCUCGGUGAACCGGGAUUUGGGUUCAAGAUCGCAAUGCAAACACUGGACGCGGGCCGGAUAGGAAUCGCUAGUCAGGCGCUGGGUAUUGCGCAAGCAUCACUCGAAUGUGCCGUCGAUUAUGCCAACAAGCGCAUCGCUUUUGGCAAACCGAUCUCGAAACUGCAGGCCAUCCAGACUAAGAUAGCCGAUAUGGCAACCAGGCUCGAAGCAGCACGUUUGCUUACAUGGCGCGCAGCGUGGUUGAAGGACAACAAGAAACCGUUUACGAAGGAGGCGGCACAGGCCAAGCUGGCAGCAUCGGAGACUGCCACAUACUGUGCCCAUCAAGCGAUACAAGUGCUCGGUGGCAUGGGAUACGUGUCGGAUAUGCCGGCCGAACGGCACUAUCGGGAUGCGAGAAUUACGGAAAUAUAUGAAGGCACGUCCGAGAUUCAGCGGCUCGUCAUUGCCGGUGCCGUCAUCAAGGAGCUAACGGCGUAGUAGAAUUAAAGCGUGUGUGUGUAUCGGAUGCAGCCGGG